AGGAGCAGCGUCCAGGCCUGGGAGACAAUGGUUUCAGUGACUAUGGCCACGUCUGAGUGGAUCCAGUUCUUUAAGGAAGCCGGCAUACCUCCUGGGCCCGCUGUCAACUACGCCGUGAUGUUUGUGGACAAUCGGAUCCAGAAAAGCAUGCUGCUGGAUCUCAACAAGGAAAUCAUGAAUGAAUUGGGUGUGACCGUUGUGGGUGACAUUAUCGCCAUCCUCAAGCAUGCCAAGGUGGUACAUCGCCAGGACAUGUGCAAAGCUGCCACUGAGGCAGUGCCUUGCAGCCCCAGCCCCCUCCCGGUGGAGAUUCGCCGUGGACCCUCCACUGCCUCUCGAAUGAUCACCAACAGCCUGAACCGAGACUCUCCUCCUGGCACCUCGCCUAGGCGGCCAGACACCAGCACCUCCAAAAUCUCCGUCACAGUGUCCAAUAAGAUGGCAGCCAAGAGCGCCAAGGCCACUGCAGCCCUUGCCCGCCAGGAGGUGGAGAGUCUGACUGUCCCUGCCAAGCGGCGCCGAGUCACUGCGGAAAUGGAGGGAAAAUACAUUAUCAACAUGCCCAAAGGCACCACCCCCCGGACACGCAAGAUACUGGAGCAGCAGCAGGCAGCGAAAGGUCUCCAGAGGACGUCUGUGUUUGACCGCCUCGGUGCUGAGACCAAGGCAGACACAACCACAGGGAUUAAGCCCACAGGAGUCUUCAGCCGUCUGGGGGCCACCCCAGAGACAGAUGAGGAUCUGGCUUGGGACAGUGAUAACGACAGCAGCAGCUCUGUCCUCCAGUAUGCUGGGGUCCUGAAGAAAUUGGGCCAGGGUCCAGCUAAGGCCAGACUCCAGCCAGCUCUGACUGUCAAAGCCAAGGCUACCAGCUCGGCAGCUCCUACUGCCACCCCGACACUGCAGCGCCUGGCAUUGCCCACUCGCCCUGGGCUGGAGAAGAAGCCAGAUUCCCAGUCUAAAGUCAGCAUCAUCCAGAGACUGGGCAAAGCUGCCCUUGUGCCUGAAGCCCAGGACAGCCAGGUCACCAGCACCAAGAGUAAGUCCUCGGCCAAGGUCAAGGUCACCAUUAGGAAGACUCUGGUGGGGCCCUGGGGAAGCAACUCCAGCGAGGGCCUUGGGGCCCAGAUGGACCAUACAGGAUCCGUGAGCGUGUUCAAAAGACUGGGCCACAGGACCUUCUAG